AUGGCUCAUCCUACAGUUCCUUUGAAGAUUGCUAUCUACCAGAACCCUGGCAUCAAACAUUGGAGCUUGUUCAUCGAUGCAGCAGAGACAGGUGAAAAGACCAUCAUUCAUCUCCUUGGUGCUCGUCACAAAUAUUUUAUUGAGGUGAGGGCGCGAUCGGAUGCGAACAUUUCGAAUUCCCUCAUCGAGCUUUGCUCCCUAUGUGAGAUCGACGCAAGCAAUAUUGAAACCGUCAAAGGCAUCGCGUAUGAGACACCUAUCCGUAAUGAUAUUUCCGAUUACAGUUGCCAGGAUUUCAACCUCGAGGUUCUGGAUAAGCUGGAACAGAAUGGUAUCAUUGUAGAUACAGCGGACUAUCGGGGAAAGGAAAGAAAGAACCAUUAA